AUGGCUCCCCGUAAAGGAAAAGUUCAAAAGGAAGAGGUCCACGUCUCCCUGGGACCUCAAGUCAGGGAAGGAGAGAAUGUGUUUGCAGUCUGCCACAUCUAUGCCAGUUACAAUGACACCUUCGUGCAUGUAACUGAUCUCUCUGGCCGUGAAACCAUCGUCCGUAUCACUGGUGGUCAGAAGGUGAAGGCUGAUCGUGAUGAGUCCUCCCCCUACGCUGCUAUGUUGGCUGCCCAAGACGUUUCCGAGAAGUGCAAGUCGCUGGGAAUCAAUGCUCUGCAUGUAAAGAUCCGAGCCACUGGAGGCAACAAGACCAAGACUCCAGGCCCAGGUGGCCAGUCGGCCCUCCGUGCCCUUGCCCGUUCUGGCAUGAAGAUUGGCCGCAUUGAAGAUGUCACACCAGUUCCCUCUGACAGCACACGCAGGAAGGGUGGUCGCCGUGGUAGGCGUCUGUAAAUGGUCAGCUGUAAUAAAUAUUAUAGUUUAA